GCGUUUGUGUUGAUUAUUUUUCUUGUCUAAAUUAUUCAAUCAUUUCUCUGGUGCGGAUUAGGUUGGAUUAUCAGUGGUGGAACAGUAAUUGCAUUGUAGAUUGUGCCGGUUCUAGUGAUUAUUAGUGAAUUAAAAUGAAAAAAAUCCGCAGAUGAUAAUUGGUCCACCCAUCUAGAAUGCUGGAAUGUUUCCUACUUUCUGUCUUCAGACCCACCCUGAGGACAGAAUAGUUCCUGGCAUCCUUUUAGCAAAAAAAUGACCACCAUGAGCUCCUCCACGAGUGAAGAGGAAAUUUUGCUCCUCGACCCUGAGGACCUGCGAGUGUUGUCGCGCAGUAGGCGGUUGCCAACGUUAGCGGCUCGACUGCGAUUGGUCGGCUACAGCAUCCUGCUGGCGUGCAAGGUGAUCUUCCGCACGGUGUUUGUGUUGCUCAACAACAUCUACUGUAUCCCCACGUACGCUGUGUGGAUGUUGGUGUUGUUGCCACUCAAGCGCUACAACCCAGAGCUCUACUGGAAGAUAGAGGGAACGUUCUUCCACUGGCUGCUGGCGAUGGUCUCUAUGUGGAGCUGGUCAGCCGGAUAUGACAUUGUAGAGGUGGGAGAUGACAUCCGCCAGUGUACAGAGGAGAGGACUUUAGUGAUAGCCAACCAUCAGAGUACCGCAGACGUACCCAUGUUGAUGGCUACGUUCAACCCACGACCACAGGUGCUGCCCAACAUCAUGUGGAUCAUGGACAGGGUCUUCAAAUUUACCAAUUUCGGGUUUGUCUCCGUCAUCCACGAAGACUUCUUUAUACUGUCGGGCAGACGACACAGAGAUGUAGCAGUGCUCCAGUUAAAGAAGCACAUAAGAGAUUCGUACAUUCCACGUGACCGUAAACUCAUGGUUCUCUUUCCUGAAGGAGGCUUCCUGAGAAAACGGAGAGAAAUAAGCCAAAGAUAUGCCUUAAAAAACAACCUGCCAGUCCUGAACCACGUGUCGUUGCCGAGGUUAGGAGCCAUGCAGGGCAUCAUAGAUGUUUGUGGCUGUAAGAGCGACAAAGUGUCUCCCAACAACAACACAGAUAAAUCAUCGAAAGACGAACACAAAACAGUGCAAGAGGCUAGUGUCUCGGACCUCUCAGCUGGGGACAAAUUGUCCGAAAAAAAUCCCACGGACAAACCCGCAGAUGAUUUAGAAGUGAAGGGGGACUAUCAGCUUAGAUGGGUGUUGGACAUCACAAUAGCCUACCCUGAAGGCAAGCCCCUGGACCUUCCAACCAUUAUCACGGGCUGGCGCAAACCCUGUCAGACCUUCAUGUUCUACAGACUGUUCCCGGGAUCUCAGAUUCCCACUGAGACGGAGGCGAUGACAGAGUGGCUGUUCUCGCGGUGGCAGGAGAAGGAGCAGAUACUGUCGACAUUCUACAGCACGGGAGAGAUCCCCGUGUCACAGUACUGUGCCUCCCCCGCACCUCCACAGACUGUACUGCAGGACCCGCUGCGGUUCUUCCUACUGCACGUCUUCUUCCUCACCUCCUCCUACGUCCACUUCCGACUCUUCACAUUCCUGUUGGCCACCAUCUGGUAACCGCCUCGCCACUCGUCACUCGCCAACCGCCUUAUCACAGUUUUAGUUCUUUUGUAAACGGAGAAUUUAGAAUAUUUAAAGUGAACACGGUGAAGUGCGGGCUACAUUAACCGACAGAUUCAACGUCGUAGACGUAUUGUUGACCGUAUGUGAAUUUGACUCGCGAGCAUUUAAUUAUUUUACUACCCGAGAUUGUUUUAGUCAUAGCCGAAUAGUUUGUCGAACAGAACAAGUGGGUUUUGAAGGUUGUACGUAGUUUUUGUUUGUAACAAAUGUAUAUAAGCUGUAAUUUUUUUACUGGAUUUGUUUUAUGUUUCUAGUUACUGUAUACAAUGUUGGAAAUUCACAUUGAUUCCAAUUUUAUGUGUUUUUGGAAAACAAUAUUGUUUAUGUUAGUUCCUAUGAGCAAUUUUUCUAAUUUAUUGAUUUUCAUUCUCUUUUCUCCCACAGAUUGACUCUUCCCUAUAUUAUUUUUGUACUGAGUCUUUUUUUACCAACUUUACCCUCGAAGAUAUAUAUAUAUUUGAAUUAAUAUGCUUCCUUGCUGUUAUCUUCCUUCUCUAUUUAGUGGUAAUGUAACAAUUUAGCGAUUGUGUUUAUAAAUUUAAAUGUGAUUAUGAAAUAGACACCACAGAUUUUACCUGAAUUAAAAAAUAGGAGUGGUUUGGUAAAUUAUUUGUUCAUGUUGAUCCUUUCGUUACUUGUGUUUCCAUUAACACAUACAAUGUUUUAUACCAUUUGUACUAUUAUCAUUGACAAUACUGUAGGUAGUCACAAAAAAAAAUAAAAAAGUCAAGUAAUAGGUUUUAAAUAUCUAAAUAACUAAAUUUUAGGUAAACACUAGAUUUUUCUAAGCAACAUACAAAAGAGUAGGCUUAUCGGUAGUUAAACAGAUUCUAUUAACCACCUUCAGUGCUUGACAAUCAAUUUGAUGCUUUCACAUUAAAUAAUAAACUAAACACAUAAGCAAUUUAACUUUACACCAUCAUACUAACUUCUAAAAAUUAAUGUUAAAAGAUAUCUUUUAACCCCAUUACGAUAGAACGCUGAUGGUACUCUAUGUAAAUCAACUUUAAAAUACCGCAACAAUCAAAGUGUAAUAAAACAAACAAUCUACUCUGUUAUAUUGUGUUAAACUUUUCUACUACAUUUUUGUACUGAUACGCAUCUCAUCAGUAGAGUAAAUUCUGUUAGAAGAAAGUUGUCUUACCAGUAUUUUUAAAAAUAUUUUUUAUUGUAGUUAUUCUUGAAUUGGCUUUUUCUUUCAGCCAAAUUAAUACCAAUUAACUGUCAUGUCAUGUUUCAUAGAUAUCUAUUUUUUUUUUUUUUUCAAUCUCUAAUAUUUAUUUCCUGAUAGCGGAAAUCUCUCACGCUCGGGCAGUAGCCUAUGUGAGAGGCAUUUCAUAUUUAAUUACUAAGUCAGUAUAUUAUUAUAACCAUUGCAUAGCUAUAAAAUUGAUACUGACAAAGUAUUGUAACAAUGUAUUACUUACUGAAAUAAAAAUGAUUUUGAUUUGAUUUGAUUUGUUAAGAUGAAAGUUAAUUUAUUGGGAAUGUCAAAGCAAUAUGAAACCAAUAAUUUAAAUAAUCAAACUCCCUAAUAAUCUUAUUCGUAGAAACUACGAUUUAUGUAGUUUAUUUGAGUUUGACAUUUUAUUACCUUAAUCAAAUAAGGUAAUUUGUUGUAAACCUGUGGUGUACAAAUAAAUCAAACUUUAUAAACAAUAAAUAUUAAUGUAUCAAGAGAUGUGGUUAUAAAUGUAAAAUUAAUAUUCUUUGGUUAGAAUCUAGAUGUCCACGAUUUUUAUGACAUGACUCAAACUUGGCGUACUAUUUUCUAUAGCAAAUUGAUAAUGAUUAAAUUCAUCUUGUUUUAUUUUUUUUAAUGAUUUAUGUAUAUGAAAAGAUUGAUUGAAAUUAUAUCCCAUCCUUUAAAUAGUUAAAAAAAGGUAAAUAUUUGAAAUAACUUCUGAACAAGUAUAAAGUAUUGUUUUCUACCACAAUAAUUUUAAGAACAAAAUAUCAUACCGUACCAGGAAAGGCAAAAUAAUUGAUUUUUUGUUGAUUAAUUUAUGCAGGGCAUUUAAUGCCCUUGGGUGAUAAUAAUUUAGAUAUGUAUAGAGUUUGCAAUUUAAUUUUUGUGCUGUUAAGAAUGUAUCUCGCAAUAUUGAUUUGUGUUUAGGAUACAUUUUUGGUUACAGUAACGGUUUUACUUCAUGUACCGUUUAAGGAGUGAAUGUUUAAAACAGUUUUACUCUUUAAAAAUGUGAAUAUUUAUAAAAAAAUGUUACAAAAUUGUAGGUUGUAAGCGUACGCAGCUUGUGUCAGGUUGGGAUUUAUAUUUUGUAAUAAAAUGCUUUCUACUCUUAAGUUGUUAACAAAGUUUAAGACUGUUUAUUUUUAAUUCACCUAUACUCCUCAGGGAACCUAUAUACCUACCCUUUGAACUCAACUAAGUAUUUUGUUUCAUAUUGAACACAGUUAUUAUUACACUAUUUUAGAUGGAUCAAACUCAGUGUUAAGGUUUUGUAUACACGUUCCAAGCAAAUGAGGUUAGGUUGUACAUACAUUAAGGCCUAUUAUCGAUAGUGCUUUAUUAAUCGGUAGUACCUCACAAUAUGCUAAAUCGACAUCAAAAUAUCCCUUAUGUGUGGCUCCAUUUUGUACUGUGAUAGGUUUUCUAAUUUUAUUUUGAUGAACUACUUACUGUAAUAUCGGCAAAUAUUUUUGUGUAAAUAAAGCAAACUUCAAUUUUA